CUUCGGGUCACGGUCACUUUUUUUGCUACAGGCGCGUGGAGUGAAAUUCGAAUCCAGGUAAACGUACAGGUAACUUAAAAGUUAAUUUGCGAUGGAGGAUCCUCAGGACGACUGGCUUGAUUUCAAUCCAAUGGCCAAAGAUUACUACGACGAGGCACAUAACCAGUACAUCAGCGAAUCGGGGCAGAAUCUGAUCGAGGUGGCUCCUUUACCGCCCAAGAAUGAAAAGAUAGAUCGUGCCGAAAGACAAACGAAAUAUCCAUAUCUGGUAGUCCCCAAGUCCAGCCCCUUUGUGACCGAAAGGAUGCUUAUCAACUUCUUUGGCCGUGCUCUGAUCCACGACUUGGAAUUUCGCAAAGUAUCGCGUGUUUACUUUGUAUACUUCCUUAAUAUCGGAUCUCUAGAAGCAGCCCGACUGCAGGUGGAGCGACACCCGAACCUGAUCAGGUGCGUCACUGGGCGUCCCCAGAAGGAGCGAGAAAGCGCUAUCCCUGAUAUUCUGAAAUCCACUGAACCAAUGCCUGAACCGUCUCCUGCUUUUUCGCCCACUAAACGUACGCCCGUUAAUCUCAACUCCCGUGAGGUUCCUGUCUCGGCCGGAAGACACAAGCAUCCGGAGUUUUUUCGACCCCCUCUCGUUACCAAAGAGGAUUAUAAAGCCAAAAGAUCACUGUUGGCCGAAAGCGAUCCCAUUCAGCGCUAUCUUAAUGUAAAAUACGAGUUCGCCUUGGAGCGCUACGAUAUCUAUAAGCUAAAGGACGAAACGAGGAUUUCGCAGGCUAUUCUGCACUUUCGUUCUGGAAGAACUAUUCCAAUAUCAAAGAUUGCCUGCGAUGAGGCAGCUACAUCUGAAAACCUCUUAAAAUUUGAAGUAAGCAAGUGCGUGGUCUGCCAAAAUUGGACAGAUAAUUUCUGUAAGUUUUGCAAGAUGCCCUUUUGCAAUGCCUCUUGUUUAGAGUAUGUGGCUGAUAUGCACACGGAAAGCUGCGGCAAAGAGAAGCCGCUCGAACUUGGCGAAAAAGUGUGCCGCAUGUUUCCAAAGCCCGGACUGCCACCAUCGGGAUCCAAAGUUAGAAUCACCGCCUUUGAACAGACUAAUGUGGUAUUCGUUCGCUCGGCUGACAUUCAUAUGGACAUUGCUUAUUACUCAGUCCUAACUGAGGUAUCAACUCAGGGAAAAACUGCUCCAAAACUGCUUAAUACGCCAGUCUGCGGUCAAAUUGUUCUGUACAAGUUUGAAAAUGUAAUUUUUCGUGCAAUGGUGCUCAAUGUUGAUGAUCCCAAGGACAUCUAUGUCGUAUGCAUCGACUAUGGCAGCGUUGAGGUCGUGCAGCUGAAAAAUUUAUACGAAUGCAGUUCCGUUUUGGCCAGUUUGCCGUGCUAUCCCAUCGCUGUGCAGUUGCGUGGAGUUCCUAGGCGAUUUCUGGGUCCGAACAUUAGGGAAAUGAUGUACGAGCUCGACCAAGCUUUGGUAUUCGAUAUGAAAUACUCUUUGCGAGAGUACGAUUAUAGCAAGGGUUUGCAAAUUGUUGUGCUGACUGAGACGGAAAUCAAUAGCAGCUUAAAUCGUCUUUUUAAGACAAUAAUGACACCUGUGGAACCGUCUUUAUCAGAGCCAGGAUACAAGGAGGAAUGCCUUCCACAUGUUCCCUUGCCCACAGGCAAAAAUAUCGACUUGAUUGUGAUGGACAACACUUUCCUAAAGUACGGUUUCUUGCACUGCACCACCAAAGAAUUGGCUUUUGAGAUCACCAAAAUGCAGCGAGAUAUUCAGGAGUAUGGCGAGAAAAUUGCACAGUGCCCAACCUACGCUCCACCAAAAAGUGAGCUAUGUAUCGCCAAAUACGAGGGGAAAUGGUGUCGGGGACUUUCCUUGGAAUUGAUUGGGGAUGGAUAUCCCAGCAUUUUGUUUAUUGAUUAUGGAAACAUAGUGCCGACUCAUGUCAGUGAUAUACGUCGGUAUCCGCCACAAUUUAUCUUCCCCAUUAUGACCGCAGAGCUGGAUUUGGUCGGUUUGCCUGAAGAACUCACUGUUGGGCAGAUCAAAUAUUUGGAGGACUAUUUUCCCAUUGGAGCGAAUGUGACCUGCAGCGAAAUCUUUUACAACGAAGAUUACAAUAACUAUUCCGUUCGCAUUGACAAACUGCAGGAACAUUUAAAUUAAACCUAUAGUUUGCCAAAGAAGUUUUCUUCCAUUCCACUUUUUUAAAGAAUAAGUCAAUGGAUUUAUUUUUGUCAUUCAAGCGUUAAUUUUUUUUUUGAAUAAACAACCUGAAGGUUUUCGACACUA